UACGUAGCAGCAUGACAUGAGUUUUGCGAUGUAUCGGGAAUCUGGCGAAUGUUGGCGAGCGCGGUGAGGAGUGACAAGUUAGAAAGCGCGAGUGGAGGGUAUUGUGAGCGCAAGCAAGCGCAAGUAAACGUAGACGUACGUAAUACAUACUCUUGCGACUCGUGCACGCGAGAGUGAGGUUGCAGCCGCUUUAAAUCGCGCGCAGUGUAGAUCACUACACUAUACUACACACUGUAUAAAUUGUACACACGACGGGACAGGACGAAUCUUCCCCUUGCAGUCGCAUCAGCGAAUACAAGUAUCCAGUAGAUUGCGCCGUUGGAGGAGAUUAACGUUUUUACGCGAGGAAGCGGCACUAAUCGCUCGAGAUGGCCGGUGCGAUGUUAUUCGAGCGGGCUCAGGCUGUUUCGAUGACAAAUCGCAGCGAGGGGAUCUCAUUGCUGAACGAGAUCGUCUCAGACCCAAGUAUCGGCGUCGCCGAAGAUGACGAGGACAAUAUCCGUGUCAAGGAGCAAGGUAUUCUACAUUUGGGCGAGCUCUACAAGAAAGAGGGCAAAGCGAAAGAAUUAGCCGACUUGAUCAAAGCCACCAGACCGUUUCUCAGUCUUAUUAGUAAAGCAAAGGCUGCCAAGCUCGUGCGGUCCUUAGUUGACUUCUUCCUAGAUUUAGAGGCUGGUAUCGGUAUCGAGGUGCAAUUGUGUAAAGAAUGCAUAGAAUGGGCAAAAGAGGAACGCAGAACAUUUUUAAGGCAAUCAUUAGAAGCACGCUUAAUAGCCCUUUAUUUUGACACGGGUAUGUUCAGUGAAGCAUUGCAAUUGGGAUCUGCUCUCCUCAAAGAACUCAAAAAACUUGAUGACAAACAGUUAUUAGUAGAAGUUCAAUUAUUAGAGAGCAAGACAUAUCAUGCAUUGAGUAAUUUAGCAAAAGCAAGGGCAGCGCUUACAAGCGCGAGGACAACUGCCAAUGCGAUUUACUGUCCACCCAAGAUGCAAGCGGCUUUGGAUCUUCAAUCAGGAAUAUUACAUGCUGCAGACGAACGAGAUUUUAAGACUGCUUACUCUUACUUUUACGAAGCUUUCGAAGGGUAUGACAGUGUUGAAAGUCCUAAGGCGCUAACGGCGCUCAAAUAUAUGUUAUUAUCUAAAAUCAUGUUGCGUACACCAGAAGAUGUUCAGGCUAUCAUGUCUGGCAAACUGACUGUAAAAUAUGCGGGAUUGGAUCUAGAUGCGAUGCGGGCAGUAGCCGAAGCUAGUCAUCGACGAUCAUUAGCAGAUUUUCAGAAGGCGGUUAAAGAAUACCGACAAGAAUUGGAAGACGAUGUAAUUGUACGCGCACAUCUUGGUUCUCUCUAUGAUGCUAUGCUGGAACAAAAUUUAUGUCGUUUAGUCGAACCUUACUCACGAGUCCAGGUGAGUCAUAUUGCUUCGUGCAUAUCUCUGCCAUUGGCGCAAGUAGAAAAGAAACUGUCGCAGAUGAUUUUGGACAAGAAGCUACGAGGGGUUCUCGACCAAGGAGAAGGUGUUUUAAUUGUUUUCGAAGAUGCACCACGCGACAAGACCUACGAAAUUGCAUUAGACACGAUACACAGCAUGGGAAAAGUCGUCGAUACACUUUACCAGAAAGCCAAGAAACUCACCUAG